CACUCUCCGAUUUAGUCGCUCUGUUAAACCCUUUGCGUUCACCUGGAAGACUCGCGUCACCUGGAAGACGGACGAUUUGGAGAAUAACUUUUUAUUGAAAAAAAAGAGAAGAAUCUUACAUUUUUUUGGGUUUAACAAACACAGCAAUUAUUGCGAAAAAUACCCAAAAAAAGGAGUUUCCCUUUUAUAAAUGAAAAGAGGAGCGGAGGACGUGGCGUUUUGGAACAAUGUAAGAAGAUAGCUGUGGGUGAAUACAUUUGGGAUUUUCUCAAACCGUUUUACGCACUGGGAUCUAACGGACCUUCAGAACUCCUCUCCGAGUUUUCUUCUUGCGGUCGUUUUGCUCACUGAAAAACCUAAAUAUCGUUUCUCACAAGGCGUUGUGUGGACUUAUCCUCGGAGUUAUCCACAGGCUUUGGGAUUGGCGAAUGCCCCGUGAACGCACCAAGCUCUGGCCACUGACGCGAUGCAUCAAAGGGACUGACUGGUAACUUACUCAAGGUUCCCCGCGACUCCGGGGCUCGACGGAUGCAGCCAUGGGCCGAUCGCUGGAUCUCUGAGAGCGACCUCCCUCCCCCUCCUCUUCCUCCCGCCGCGUCCUCUUCCCCGUUCCCCUCCCUCUCCUCUUCCUCUGCCCCGACGCUGCUGGAAGUUGAGGAAAAGCAGCGAUCGACCGACACCUCCUCCUCCUCCUCUCGUCCGCGCGCCAUGACCAGCGUCGCUCCUCGGCGCGCCGGCCAACCGCGGUGGCCGCUGCCGGCGCUGCUCUCGUGUUCCGCCCUCCUGCUCCUGAUGGCGGGCCGUUGCCACGCGGACCCCUCGGGCCCGGCGUCCGACUCCUGCUCCACGCUAGUCCAGAGCCGCUUUUUUGGCUACUUCCUGUCGCCGUCGGUGUUCCCCGCCGUGCCUUGCUCCUGGACCCUGCAGAACCCCGAUCCGCGGCGCUACACCGUCUUCGCCAAGGUCACCAAACCCUCGGGGGGCUGCGUGCCGUCGCAGCUCCGCACCUUCCAGUACGAGUCGUUCCUGGAGAGCACGCGCACCUACCUGGGCAUGGAGAGCUUCGACGAGGUGGUGAGGCUGUGCGACGCGUCCGCCCCCGUCGCCUUCCUGGAGGCCGGGAAGCAGUUCCUCCAAAUGAGGAAGGGAGCUCCUCGGGCGGGGGAGGCCGUCUCGGACGGCGACGGGGAUUUCAAAACCGAGUACCUGGUGGUCGGGAAGCGCAACCCCAGCAUGGCGGCGUGCCAGAUGCUGUGCCAGUGGCUGGAGGAUUGUCUGACCUCCAGCACGUCCAGCAGGCCCUGUGGCAUCAUGCAGACUCCGUGUUUGUGCUGGGAGCCGCCGCCGCCGCUCAGCCGGGGGGAUGGCUGCUAUCACAAUGGAGUUUACCUGGAGAACUGUUUGCCCGGCAUGAAGGACAGUGGGAAGAACGCCGAAAUAAACGGAGGCUGGAGUGGGUGGGGCCAGUGGGCGCAGUGCAGCAGCGAGUGCGGCGGCGGGAUUCAAACCCGCACCCGGACGUGCCGCGCGCCCCCGGAGGAGUCUGACCUGUGUGAGGGCGUGUUGGAGGAGGGCCGGCCCUGCAACUCCCAGCCCUGCAGCACCGGCAAAGAUCGCCAUCUCUCCCGCAGCCAAUCGCUUCGCUCGGUGGACAGCCGCAAGCGCGACGACGUAGACAAGCCCCGCGGCGGACAGCAGAGCCCGCAGACAGUGCACGGCGCGUGGGACGAGUGGUCGCCGUGGAGUUUGUGCUCGUCGACCUGCGGCCGAGGUUACAGGUCCCGGACGCGGAGCUGCGCCCCCCCGCAGUACGGGGGAGACGCCUGCGACGGCCCGGAGAAGCAGACCAAGUUCUGCAACAUAGCCGUCUGUCCAGUGGACGGCCUGUGGAACGACUGGUCCAACUGGAGCUCGUGCUCCGCCUCUUGCUUGAACGGCACCACGCAGAGAACCAGGGAGUGCAACGGCCCGUCGUACGGAGGCUCCGAGUGCCGGGGAGAAUGGCUGGAGACGGUGGACUGCUUCCUCGGGGAGUGUCCGGUGGGUGGCAAGUGGCAGCCGUGGUCUCUGUGGACGGGCUGCACCAAAACCUGCGGCGGGGGGAACCAGCAGAGAAACAGGAUUUGUUAUGGGCCCUUUUUCGGAGGGGAGGCCUGCCCCGGAGAUCGAGAGGAUGUCCGGGGCUGCAAUGAGAAGAGAUGCCCAGAACCUCACGAAAUAUGCGCCGAUGACAACUUCUCCAACGUGGUGUGGAAGAUGACUCCCUUCGGCGACACGGCGGCGGUGCGCUGUCCUCCCAACGCCAUGGGGCUGAUCCUGCGCCGCUGCAGCCUGGACGAGGAGGGCAUGGCCUACUGGGAGAACCCCACCUACAUGAAGUGCAUCUCCAACGACUACCGCAGUAUACAAACGCUGACCCGGGAACACCUGUCCAAGGCGCAGCGCGGCCUCGUGGGAGACGGCGUUUCGGAGGUGAUGACCAAGCUGAAGGUGACGUCCAGCGACGGGACCAGCUACAGCGGGGACCUGCUGGCCAUCGUCGACGUGCUGAAGAACAUGACGGAGAUCUUCAGGCGGGCGUACUACAGUCCCAGCAGCGCGGACAUGAGGAACUUUGUGCAGUCGGUCAGCAAUCUGUUGAUGGAGGAGAACAGGGAGAAAUGGGAGGAAGCGCAACUGCUGGGGCCAACCAUCAAAGAGCUGUUCCGUCUGUUGGAGGACUUUGUGGAUGUCAUUGGCCUGAGGAUGAAAGACUUUCAAGACAUGUAUGAAGUCACCGAUAACCUAGUGUUCAGCGUCCAUAAGCGUCCGAUGGUGGGCCACGCAGACAUCAGCUUCCCCCUGAAGGGCUGGAGGGGCAUGGUGGACUGGGCCCGCAGCUCCGAGGACAGAGUCACCAUCCCCAAGAACAUCCUGUCCACUGGCAAGCCAGAAGCAGACGAGUCCUCGACGUUUGUGACCGGCAUCGUGUUGUACAGGAACCUGGGCAGCAUCCUGGCUCUGCAGAGAAACAGCACCGUCCUGAACUCCAAGGUGUUGUCGGUGACCAUCAAGCCCACGCCGGCGUUCCUCUCCGCUCCGGUGGUGGUCGAGUUCUCUCACAUGUACAACGGCACCACCAACCAAACCUGCUUAACCUGGGACGAGAACGACAGCUCCUCUCUGCUGGGAUCCUGGUCUGCCAGGGGCUGCAAAGCCGUACUCGUCGACUCGUUCCGAACCAAAUGCGUGUGUGACAGACUGUCCACCUUCGCCAUCUUAGCGCGGCUAAACCCCGAAAUGAACAUGGAUAAGACACAGCUGCCAUCCGUGACGCUGAUCGUGGGCUGUGGAGUGUCUUCGCUGACAUUGUUGCUGCUCAUCAUCAUCUACGUGUCGGUCUGGAGGUACAUUCGCUCCGAGCGCUCGGUCAUCCUCAUCAACUUCUGCCUCUCCAUCAUCUCCUCCAACGCCCUGAUUCUCAUCGGACAGACUCAGACACGGAAUAAGGUCUUGUGCACCCUGAUCGCCGCGUUCCUCCAUUUCUUCUUCCUGUCCUCGUUCUGCUGGGUCCUGACGGAGGCGUGGCAGUCGUACAUGGCGGUGACGGGUCGCCUCCGGAACCGCAUCAUACGCAAGCGCUUCCUCUGUCUCGGCUGGGGUCUCCCUGCCCUAGUGGUGGCCAUCUCAGUGGGAUUCACCAAGGCAAAAGGAUAUGGAACACCAAGCUACUGCUGGCUGUCUCUGGAAGGAGGUCUUCUCUAUGCAUUUGUUGGACCCGCUGCGGCUGUCGUCUUGGUUAACAUGGUUAUUGGGAUUCUCGUUUUUAACAAACUGGUGUCCAAAGACGGCAUUACAGAUAUGAAACUAAAGGAGAGGGCGGGUCAGAUGAAAGUGCCACUGUACAAUAUGACGCUCAAAUGUGCCAAGUGCGGGGUUAUCUCUUCGGCUGACGUUUCCACCACAGCUACCAGUAACGCCAUGGCGUCUCUGUGGAGCUCCUGUGUGGUUCUGCCGCUGCUGGCCCUCACCUGGAUGUCGGCCGUCCUCGCCAUCACGGACCGGCGCUCUGCGCUCUUCCAGAUCCUCUUCGCUGUCUUCGACUCGCUGGAAGGCUUCGUCAUCGUCAUGGUGCACUGCAUCCUGCGCAGAGAGGUGCAGCAGGCGGUGAAGUGCCGCGUGGUGGACCGCCAGGAGGAUGUCAACGGCGACUCCGGAGGAUCUUUCCAGAACGGCCACGCCCAGCUCAUGACUGACUUUGAGAAAGACGUGGACAUCGCCUGCAGAUCCGGCACGACUAAGCGCUCCUCUCUCCAGGGGGAGGACAAGGCGUCCGCCGGGACCCUCACCCUUCAGAAGGGUUCGAACUUUAACACCAUGCCGGCCAGCAUGGCGAAGGUUCACCUCCAGAAGGUGGCGGACUACACCAGCCACACGCUGACUCUGCGCCGGGAGAAGGGCGCCGCCAAGGGAAUCAGCACCGAGCUGCCGGGGGCCAAAUCCAUCUACAUCUGCGACGGCGAGCUCUUUAAGCAGCUGGACGGGGAGCUGCCUCGAGGAAACGGCGAGGGCAGCAGCUCCGAGGGCACCGGCAAAGGUCCGGGCUACGUCAUCCUGCCGACCAACAACAACAACGCGGGCACCCUGAGGGCGGCCAAGGGCAAAGACGAGCAGACGGCCAAGUACAGCAUGGGCAUCAUGGAGCAGCUGCCGCAGACCCGGCUCAUUCACAUGGCCAACCCCGCCAACGGAGAGCCGGUGCCGGGCUUCGGGCUGAAGAGCCUCCCCGCCGACCAGAUCGGCGUGUCGUGCGCCGACAGAGACUCGCCCGCGCACAACAUGCAGAGCAUGCCCAGAGACUCCCAGGGAGUCAACAGCAUGUGCGACGGGGGAGACUCCGGGAACUCCGGCGUGAUGUCCAAGAGCGAGACCGUCUCCACGCUGUCGAUGAGCUCCCUGGAGAGACGAAAAUCACGCUAUGCAGAGCUUGACUUUGAGAAGAUUAUGCACACCCGGAAACGCCACCAGGACAUGUUUCAGGACCUGAACAGGAAGAUUCACAGUGCAGACCAGGAUAGAGAAUCUCCACCCGUUGACGCCAAAGCUGCCAAAAGAUGGAGCGUGUCCUCCGCCAGCAGCGACAAGACCAACAUGAGCGACAAGCAGCAGACCCCCAGUAAGCGGGCGUGGGAGGGCAUCCGGAAGGCCCACUCCCCCCCGUCCUGGGUGAGGAAAGACCUGGAGACGGUGGCGGCGUCGUCGCCUCUGGAGCUGCAGACGGUGGAGUGGGAGAAGACCAGCGCCACCAUUCCUCUGGUGGGCCAGGAGAUCAUGGACCUGCAGACGGAGGUGUGACCGGCACCCCACAACUUCCUUCUCUUUUUUUUCCAAAAAUCCUCUCGGACGAACAAGCUGAACACACACACACACACACACACACACACACACUGCCCUGCUCUGGAGAUCUACUCAAGCUCACCGCGACAACGUGAGGGGGAGGAGGAAGGGAAAUCAAUUCAACAAAAUUUGAGAGCGAAUGGGAACACAGCGCGUCUUUCUAUGUUGAUUGGACGACGUUCCCGUCUGCUACACACUGGUCGUCUUCUUGUACGUGACCCCACGAUGGCUCACGCGGCAGCAGAUGUCGGCUACUCUACGUGCGUCGCAUAGCCAUGUAAGAGGCCCGCAAAGCAUAGGUAAUCAUGCAAUGUUGCCCCCCCCCACACACCUGUAUUUAACGAAUACAAUGUAAUUAAUCAUGAUUAGGUUUUUUUUUUCUUUUUUCCCCCCCACUGUUGAGAAUAUCCUCGUGUCACCCCCUCCCCCCCUCGCUGUCUCCUGAUGGACGCUUGUUGUAUCGAGAUGCCUCCGGACUUGUUUUUAUGUUUUUGUUUUUUCUCCUCUGACAUCGAUCCUGAAAGAGAAAGCAGACACCCAUGUGGCCCUCAAUGCAGUACCCCACCCCCCCCUCCCCCUCCUACCACUCACCCCGAUUAUUUUUUUGGCUCCGCCAAGCUUUACGCCCCCGUGAUCAAGACGGGGUGGAGGUCGGCCUCGCCGUGACAAGCGAAGGGAACGGAGUGGGGGGGGGGGGAUCCAAGACUCUAUUUUUUUUCUUCCCCAUCAGCCAAAAACGGCCGGUUGCCUUUUCUCAUCGACGGACAACCUCAAAAGACGCCAGAGAGCGGGGGGGCCGGCGGGCUUGCCGCUCUCAUCAGGCCCUCGACCUCAACGCAAGAAGAGAGACGGCGUGUGCUCCGAGAUGAGGAGGAGGAGGAGGAGGAGGACCGCGGUCAGCAGACACACGCUGGACGAGUCCCGGGACGGUAAACGCAAAAACUUUGAUGGGAAGAAAAACCAAACGUGUGUGAUUGGUGAUGGGACGGUGAGUAAACGAAGACAUAGAUUUGGUGAUGGGGAGUAGAAGGUGGCGGUGGAGACGAGGCGGAGGGCGGCAGAGCGCCGGCGGUCGCACACGGAGAAAGCACAAGGCUCAUUUGGAGUCCUGAUGUACAGCAUUGUAAUUAUUUCAACAGAGUUCUACAGAAUGGAUUUUAGCCUCUAAAUAUCUUUCUUACUGUGCUUGGGGAAAGUUGUUAUCAUUACUAUAAAUAUGAACAUGAUUACUCUGAUGCCGAUCCUCCCAUUCCCUCCUUGUCCCUUCAGGGUACUGGACUAUACGAGUGUUCUGUCUCGCUAUGUAACAGUGUGUGUGUGUGUUUUGAUAUUACCGCCAGUCACUCCCUCAGAUCUGUAUUUGUUGAAGCCCUGACCUCCGACCUAUGACCCCCCCCACCACACACACACAAACACACCCCUCACACUUCCCCCUCACUUCCCUUUUUAAUUUACUGGGGUCGCCUCUUUGUUAAUGUACAGUUUUCAGAGCACAAAAUGAAUGUGUCUUAUUUCUAAUAAAAAGCAUAUCUAUAUAAUAAAAG